GUUUUGCAUGUUCAGUGUGUAUAUGUCAUAUUAUAUUUUCAUGUCAUAUACACGCAACCGGUCACUUUUUGAAAUGGCCUGAACUGUUUAGCCACGCCCAUGACCACGCGCGCUCGCUCACUACUUCCUUUUACGGUUUCUUUUUCUUUCUUUCUUUCUUUUUUUUUGACGAUCACUUCCUUCUGGCGCGCGCUUGCACCCGUCCGCCUGUAAGAACACACGUUUGGUCCUCUCAGUCUGUUUGCUAAUGAGGGAGAACUUCUCAAGAGAUGAUUUCAGUCAUUAUUUCAGCGACAGCAUGACACCGUGGCCUUUCACGCGCGCUAGUUUCGCUCCGCGCGAGAUCCGUUCUCGGAGAUUUACCGAGUGCAGUCUGUUUCCGGUGCGACUCCUCUUAUCUGCUGCACGCGGAUCAAAGUGCAAAGAGGCGCGCGCCGCGACAGCACCGCGCGAUCAGCUGAACGGGCAGUGAACUGCAGGAAACCAACCUGGGAGAUAUGAACGGAACAGUUGCUGCAGCGGAUGAGACGGAGGAGAACGGCGAGAAAUCACAAUGGAAAUUGUUUAUCGAAGAUAUCAGUGUCUUACAGCUGGUGCUGAGCUUCUUGCUUAUGGGUGUGUUAUGUCUGGCGUUGAUGCUUUAUCUGAUGUUUACUCCACUGUGGCCGAUUCCCACUCUCUACUUCACCUGGCAGAUAAUUGACUGGGACACGCCUGAGAGAGGUGGUAGAAGAACUGCGUUUGUGAGAAACUGGAGAGUAUGGAAACACUUGAAAGACUACUUCCCAGUAAAGUUGGUGAAGACGGCAGAGCUGAAUCCCAGGAAGAACUAUAUUCUGGGUUGCCACCCGCAUGGCAUCAUGAGCAUAGGCGCCUUCUCCUGCUUCAGCACAGAGACCGGCGGGUUUGCACAGGCGUUCCCGGGAAUGCGCUCCUCUCUGGCCGUACUUGCUGGCCUUUUCCGCAUGCCGCUCUUCAGAGAGUACCUCAUGUUUGCAGGCGGGUUGCCAGUCAGUAAGAAGAGUCUGGAGUACAUGCUGAGUGAAGCUGGUGUGGGCAACGCCAUGGUCAUCAUCAUCGGAGGAGCUGAGGAGUCACUGGCUUGUUCUCCUGGCGUGAACACGGUGGUCAUGAAGCAGAGGAAAGGCUUUGUGCGUCUCGCUCUGGAAAACGGGGCUGACCUGGUUCCAGUGUACUCGUUCGGGGAGAACGAGCUCUUCCCGCAGGUGCUGCUGUCCGAGGGCAGCGUAGGCCGCAGGCUUCAGACUCUGUUUAAGCGGGUGAUGGGUUUUGCUCCAUGUCUCUUCGCUGGGGGACGCUGGCUGCUCCUGCCUUACAGGAGACCCGUCGUUACUGUGGUUGGAAGCCCCAUCUCUGUGCCUCACAUCCACAAUCCAUCCGAACAGCAGGUGGACCACUAUCACAAGCUGUACAUGGACUCCCUGUCCAAACUCUUCCACUCCCACAAAACCAGCUGCGGACUGGCCGACACACACGAGCUACGCAUCAUCUAAAACACUACUCACGCAAACACGAUGAAUACUUUUAGCAUUAGUUAUACAGUUUUCACAGGACUAGAAGGUCUCAGGAAUAAUAUUUUUAUAUAGUUUUAAUCUAAAUGCAAAUGCUAUGACAGUGUUUAAUUUUACAGCUUGUAUUACAUUAGACAUUACUAAUUAAUUUAAAUACAAUUAUGCUAGUCAUGAAUGUGAUCUUAAAAUAAACUAGCUACAGGGAAAUCUUUCUAAAUGCUAAUUUUGUUUACAAUUUUUUUUAACGCAUUUGUAUUCAUCUUGAAUUAUGUGGUGGAAAAAAAAAAAAGACUUAAAUGGCUGAAAGUUGCUAGAUCUGUACUGAAGUAAAUUCAUAAAGCAAAUCACUGGUACGUACAUGGAUUCUGUGUUGACAUGCAGUAUACAAGUAUUAUAAAUGUAAUAUGAAAUGUAUUCCGACUUUUAUUCAUUAUCGUACGAUACUGAAAUCACAUGCUGCCGCUCUCGUGUUCUUUAUUAAUAAAUAUAUAUAUUUUUAAACCUC